AUGUCCAAGAGCUGGUUCACUAAAAAUCAGUGGCCUGCUCUAUUACGACGAGGAUACGGAUGGCCCGUCCGAGUUGAAUCGGCCGUAUUCACGCCAGAUGGGACUCGCAUCAUUGCCAACACCACUGAAGGCCCCUUGUUUUUAUUCAGAGACGGUUCUGUCAUUGGUAUCGUGGCUCUGGCUAUACACUCGCCGAGCCCCUCUCGCAUCCGCUCCGCUCAUGGACAACAACCGCGUCACUGCGCUCGCCGCUGUUCUUUUACCCAUACUAUCGCUUUGUCAUGGAGGCUGAAGCUUGACUUCAUCGGCUCCGUGAUUCCACUAAUCCGUUCAAUGCGCUCGUCUUCAAGCAGUUCUCAUCGCGUAAUUGGGAUUCGUUUCUUGGGAGACACUGUUUGGGCCGAUAGACAUAUAUUCGCCUAUAUCAUUGCGCAGAGUACUCACCCGAGGUACUGCAUAGUCUCUGGUUCAAAGGACGGGGUGAUUCGAGUGCAUGAUGCUGGGAGCAAUCGCUUGAUCAUUACCAUCAGUCUUCCUACGAUUGGUACGAGGACCAGAAACUCACAUCAUCAAAUUGCCGGACUGGCCCGAAGUCCCGCCCUCACAGUGGUUGAUGUCAGGCUACGCGUGCACUGCGUUGAAAGUGGUCGAUUAUUGAUGGAAUCAGACGAGAUUUUUUAUGAUCGCCUGGUCUUUCACCAGACGGUACUCGUAUCCUUAAGUCGGGAAGGUCGUCAACGCCCGGUUCUGGUUACUGUUGAUGGACUUGGACAGCAAACAGGAGAUCGGCUGGAUGAUAAUUUGGGAGGCCUUGUCUUCGCACUCUCCCGUAUUCACGAGGGACGGCUCCCAUAUUGCUACUUCCCCGUGGCCCUCGAGGCCUCGAUUCCAAUAUGUAUCUGGAGUGCCCAGGAUGGCAAGGUUGUACUUGGGCCUAUCAAAAGAUACGUGAUCCACUCAGUUCUCCCAUGA